GAAAGACGAAGAAGAAGAACCAUAACAAAAAAACAGAAGAGCAUCAAACCGGAGAGAGGAGCUGCCUCUCCUGUUACAACACCAGUCUGUGGUUAACACGAGACAGAACAACAUUACAGCUCUUCAUCUUCAGCGGACAUGUUUGGAGCGGUGGUGGCCGGCGUUGGCACGGCAGGUUACGUGAGGAUCAGAGACAUGUUGGCUCCGCUGCCUGGGAGUGCUGCAGAGAAGCUGACUGUCAGGGGGUUCAUAUCCAGGAGAAAACUGGACACUCAGCAGGGGGUGAGUCAGAUCUCUGUGGAAGAGGCUUCCAGCAGAGACGACGUUCAUGUGGCCUUCAUCUGCACGGAGAACGCAUCGCAUGAAGACAGCAUCAGGACUUUCCUGCAGGCAGGGAAACACGUCUGUGUGGAGUAUCCCAUGACCUUGGACUACAAGUCCGCUGAAGAGCUCUGGGAUUUGGCAGAUCAAAAAGGAUUGAUUCUCCACGAGGAACACAUUGAGCUUCUGUCAGAGGACUUCAAAGCUCUCAGGAGAGAGGUAGAAGGCAAGAUCCUGCAGGAAGGAACCCUUCAUUUCACCGGUGGACCUCUGAAGCCUGGAGCUGGUUUCCCGGCCUUCUCUGGCAUCGCCCGCCUCACCUGCUUGGUGGAGUGGUUCGGUCCGCUGUCAGCCACCGCAGCAACCAUGGAGGAGGACUCUGGUAGAAACUACACUAAAAUGACCGCCAGGUUUCUUACCUCUGACAGCAGACCUCUGACGUGGAUCGAGGAACGAGGACCAGACCUGCAAAGGGCCAAGAACAUCAACUUCCAAUUUGACACCUGCACUCUGACACAGUUCCCUGCCACACCCAGAGGGGCGGUGGGCCUCUUCAUGCAGGACCUGAUCCACUUCUCUGCCAAGCUAACGGGUCAAGUUAGUCAAGAGGAGCUCAAGAAGGAGAGAGUCCGGAUCCUGCACUGCCUGAAGCUGGCAGAGAGGAUACAGCAGCUUUGUCAGAGUUGAAUGGAUACACAGAAAUGUAUUAAGUGAUCAAUUUAUGUGCAAAUAAAAUACUCACUAUGACCAUG